AUGUCGAGUUGGAUAUUCGUGGCGAUCGCAUGCUGCUUAGUCAGUGGCCUUCAGGCGCAAACGAACUACUGCACCACAACUUAUUGUCGUCCAGGAGUACCGAACGUCGGUUGUAAUCCACCUCCAGCAACCGGUGGACCUAGCUGCGCCGGCAAGAGUCCGGCCGUAGUGGUAAUGGACUCCAAUCUGCAGAGUUUGAUUCUUUCCGAGCACAACACACGUCGAUCCCAGCUUGCCUUAGGUCAGUUGGCGCCGUGUGCAUCCUGUCCGUCGUUCCUGCCAGCAAAAGCAAUGCCCACGAUUACCUGGGAUACGGAACUGGCAAAGCAAGCUGGUCACAAUGCUCGUAGCUGCGUCUAUGGGCACGAUCGUUGUCGUAAUACGCCUGUGUACGCAUGGGCUGGACAGAACAUUGCCCUAUCCAAGUUUUACGGCAUGACCAAAACCACUGCCCAACUGGUUAAGGAAGCUAUCAGUGGCUGGUGGAAUGAAUAUAGUGAUACCAAGCAAUCUCAACUUAACAGUUAUCCAUCGGGAUACACAGGACCUGCGAUCGGACAUUUCACCCAGAUGGCAAGUGAUCAAACCGCUAGGAUUGGAUGCGCUAUGCAGUACUGGUUGGAUGGGCAGUGGAAAACGUACUACUUUGUCUGUGACUACGCGGUAACGAACGUGGUAGGUACUGCAGUAUACAAGACUGGAAAGCCUACUUCCGGUUGUGCUACGGGACGCAACCCGCUUGCAUCGCUGAGCGGACUGUGCUCACCGGCUGAAAAAAUUAACCCUGUUUACAACUAA